UAGAAACACUUGUUCAUUAAGUUUAAAGCAAAAAAUGAUAUGCUACUACACUACAAGUCCCACUCCUAAGAGUACACACCAUGAGCCACUCCCCUCAUUCUAUAUAAGUCCACCAUCCUUCACAAACUCGUUUUACACACACACUCUCAUUUCUUCCAUUCUUUCUAAAAGCUCUCUUCUCACUCUCAAAACUCUCUUCUCUUUGCUCUCGUUUCCCUCAUCUCCACCACCCACUGCCACCGUAACAAACCUCAACAGACUUUUCCGGCCACCCUAACCAACUACACAAACUAACUCCGGCCACCACACUUCAUCAUCAAUCAUCAUUGGCCCCCUAAACUUCAGACAAGCUCUCCGAUCCUGAAAAAUCUUCGCAAGCAUCGACGAAGCUCUGAGUUUAUUUCUCAGAGCGUGCGGAUCUUUGUACAUCCUCGAAUUUCAUCAUCAUCUUCAAAGAAUCAGAGUUGAGUUGCAGAGAAUUGAAGUUUUCCGAAGAUAUCUGCUCAAGAAUCUCUCCAGGAUUUUCAUCAGGUCAAAGCAAGUACCCAGAACAGUCACUUCUUCAUCUGGCAUUUAAUCGAGGAUGUUCAAAGACAAGAAAACUCAGGCAAAGGAUCAAUUAGUAGAAGGAUUAGUCUCUAACAUAAUCAUAGGACUCAAGAGCUUCAUUUUCUCACCUAUGAUUGAUUAGACACCCAGUCCUCUGAGUACAGAUUUACUCAGGUCACCAGGCUAGGGUUUUUAAGCCUAUCAAGGACUAAAAUCAGGGAUCACCUUUGGGAAACCCUAAAAAGCCCCAGGGGAUCAUUCCAAGACAUCAAUCAUCUUCAAAUAGCUCAUACACCUCAAUUCAAAGUCUACAGUCAUUAUUUUCAUAUGGUCGACAAUUAGGGUUUUUGACCUAAUUCACCAGGAUAGUUGACUUUUAAUCAGGGCCUGGAUCCAAAACUCAAGACAUGAUUCAAGAACCUCUACUACCUCAAUAUAACCCAUUUACAUCACUCAUUUGAGGAGAAGAUCUUGAUUCUACACAAAAGUCCAAAUCUCACUUUAUAUGGAAAAAGUCAACUGUAUGGGAUCACCUUUGACUUUUAAGAUUUUUGGUCAAACCAUGACUUUCAAGGAUCAAUAUCAUCAAUAUAUGGAUAAUUAAGUCAUUUGACCAAAGAAAUUCAAGAAGAAUCUUCAAGGAGCAAAAACUCGGGAAUUAGGGUUUUUGAGGGCAUUGUGGGAACUCAAAAUUUCACCUACACAACUCAAAAAACUUCCAACAUGAAAGUUGUAGAUCUUGCAAAAUAAAACAACAUCUUACAUCGGAACUUUUUUCAAAAGAUCAAUCAUUUAAGAGUUUUGGAAAUUUUGAAGUUUUAGGUCAUAAACACUUAGAAAAUUUUCUAAGUGUUUUAACCUAGUUUUCUUCCAACUUUGGCCUCAUUUUUCACAAAUUUGCCAAAGGAUUCUGAAGAAACUCCAAACUAAUGAUUUGAAGUAGAUGUUUAGGGCUUUCCAAAUUGUGUUCAACCUUCUCCAAAUUCAUUUUGAGCUAGGAGUUAUGCUUAUUCAAAGUUGGCCUCAUGAAGUGAAAUUAUAGGUCAUGCAUCAUUUUUGAACUUUGCAAUUUUGUGCACAUGACCUCAAUUAUGGAUGCUACAUGACCCAUAACACAUCUGAAAACAUGCCAUGCAUUCAUUUUCACCAUGCCAUGGUCAUUGAGGAAGAUUCCUAAAACAAGAACAUGUGAUUAUGUAAUGAUUACAUUUGAGAAUUUAUGGAAAAUUGAUGAUUCACCCAAGGAAUCUUCUCACCAACCAAUUAGAGCUCACUUUGUAUCUGAAAUGUUCCCUAAGAUCAGAUAGAAUCAAAGGAUAUGGAGCUGGCUCGAAAAUGCAAUGAUCACACUUGGAUAUUCUUUGAAAUUUCUUUAUGGCUAAGAAACCAAAUUCACUUCACUAAGCAAGCUCACUCUCUCAAUCAGUACUGAAUCAUUUGCCUAUAAAUAGGAGAGCAUACCUCAGUAGAAAAACACACCAAAGCAACCAUAUUCCUUGCUUUCUCUUUCUCUUCUCAUGCUUAUUGUUUUUCAAAGUUCUUUGGCAAGAAGAAUCGUUUUCUUCAAACCAGAGCUUAUCUUUGGAAAGUAAGCAUUCUAACAUCUCAAGGGGGAUCAUUUGAGGUGAUCCAAGCACCUGGAUCACUUCUGUAAGUGAGGGAACGCCAUUGUUGCUCUCACUUUGGAGCUGUUGCAGUUGGAGGUCCACAGAGCAAUUCAGAAGGCUCCAAGCAAGGUUAAGCAUCCAGGCACGUUCCAUAGGAGGUAGUGGAGCUAUCCAGAUGGUCGCAGCUCAUCUGUAACUGCAGAUUCAUCAUCCCCCAUGUUCACUUGAAGCUCAAAUCGAGGGAGGUCCAUAGAGCAAUUCAGGAGAAUUGAAGUUACAAUAGGCAUUCAGUUAGCAUCGCUGAGUCCCAAGGAAGCUUUUGGGAUCAUUCAUACAAGCCCAGGUGCUCUCUAACAUCCUCACGACCUCCAUUUUCAGAGGUAAGUUUCUUAACUCCACCUAUUUAAUUUAAGCACUUUUUGUGAUAAAGCUCGUUUCUAUCUUGUUCAGCAUCAUCAGAGGAUUGAAAACCCUCUAUCAUCAUUCAUUUAUCUUUAAGUAUAGCCAUUUAAUUUGAUUUUUAAAUUUUAGGGUUCUUCACGUUUUCUGGUAAAUUAGUUAGAUAUAGUUAAUAUAAAUUUAUGUUAGUUACAUAUCUAGAAUCGUGAGUGAAUUUAGAGCAAGUUUGGUCUUUAUAUCGUUACAAAUGGUUGAGAAUUGAGAGAGUUCAGAAAUUCAAAUUGUUGGAGCUUGAGGAAGAAGAUGACGUGGUGGCGCGCAAAUUUCAAACCUGAGGGCCAAGUUUAUUUUAUCUUGAAUGGUUUGUGUUUUACAAACGAAUUCAUCGUUUGCCCUAGUGGCCUCACAUGCGCUCUUAGUCUCCUCAUGCCCAAGGUCUGGGGUUCGAAUCCCCCUCGCCCCAGACUUUUUGUUUCUUUUAUUUUUCCAUGAUUUACCACUUGUUUGAAAAUAUAAUGAACUGGGUGUGUGUUAUAAUCACCAAGCGCGCGUUGGCUCAGUGGUGUUGUUUUGGGACUGGUAACAUAAAGGGCGUGGGUUCAAACCAUGGUGAGACCAAAACAUUAUUUUUACCACUAAUUUCCUUCAUUUUUCUCACAACUUCACACAAUUAAUUCACCUAUCAAAUUAAAUCAUUUUCACCUCAUUUUUCACACACUUGCUAUUUAAUAUAUCUAUUUUGUGAAUAAUCAAAAAAAUCAUAAAAAUAUUAUUUAUUUCAUAUAUUUUUAUUAGGUUUAAAAUAGUAUGUUUUAAGUGUUUUCUUAAAUACUUUAAAAUAUAUAUUUUCAUUUUGUUUUAACCUAAUUACUUUGUGAAUAAUUUUAUGAUAAAACCCUAAUUAUUUAGGUCUUAAUUAGGCAUAGAUUUCAUCUUUGCCUUAAUUAAGUUGACUUUUGUCAAUUUACAAAACUGUUUUCAAUCUCCGAUCAAACAGAUGAUUCAGGUUUUCAAACAACAAAACCUUAUAUCAUUACAAAUCAUUUUCAACUGUUUCUCAUAAACAGUAAAUCAUUUUCAAGUGGGCCUCUAAUAGAGUAUACGUCCCAACACCUUCUUCUCUUCUUAGCUUGUUUUCCAAACUGUAUUUUCAAAAUCUUCUUUCUGUUUUCAAAACAUUCUUCUGGUAUUUGAAGGGCAUUAUUCCCGGUGAAACUCUUCAGAUACCUAUGUGACCUUUGUCCAUCUUCACUUCUUCUGUUUUCAAAAAAAUCAUUAACUGUUUAUCAUAUAUAUUCAACUGUUAUCCACCAAUUACUGUUGAGGCUCUGUACAUACUUCUUAAAUUACUGUCAAAUAUAGAACUGUUCAUAUAUUUGUUUAGAACUACAUUUGAGUGUAAAACCUAGGACAGUUAAACUAUAUAUAUAUCAUAGGAAUAUGACCUAGGAUUGAGAAUGUCUUCCCGGUGAAGGCUCUUUCCUAAUUAGAGAUAUGUAGUUCAAACCCCCAAGAUGAAUUAUUCCCGGUGAAACAUCUUGGCAAAAACCUUAGAACCCAAAAUAGGACACAUCCACCCAAAGAGGAAUUAUUCCCGGUGAAACCUCUUACCCAUUUGCUUAAAGCCAAAAUAAGUUCAACACUACAUAGCUUUCUCUUGUGCUAUAACAAGGACCCUCGAUGACCCUCGAUUAGCCUCCUCUUGGGCUUUGUACAAGGACCCACAGGCUUCUUAAAAGCAUUUCCAGCUUCCUCUUGAGCUUGUAUACAAGGACCCAUCAGGUUUCUUAUAAACAUAGGAACAGGUCUUUAGUCACCUUUUAACAUACCCUGGUGAGUUUCUACCAAUUUAAACCAGACUUUAAACAAGCUAAGUUUGUCUCAAUUUUACAUUGAGUACACCUUUUGGAAUGAGAGACAUGGACAGUCUCUGUCACCCUUAUCUUCAUUAAUCUUCCUUAGCAGGGUCUAGGAUCCAUGUUUUGUUUAUCCUCAGUCAGUGUCAGCCUUCAUCUUGGGCUUUAAACAAGAAGUCUCAUUAGAUAAUCUUUCUGCCAUCAUUUUAAUAAAACCCCUGGAAAGGGUUAGCCUCCACACACUCUAUCAUCUUAACAAAAACCCCUGGAAAGGGUUAGCCUCCAAAAUCAUUCUUUCAUCUUAACAAAAACCCCUGGAAAGGGUUAGCCUCCACACACUCUAUCAUCUUAACAAAAACCCCUGGAAAGGGUUAGCCUCCAAAAUCACUUCAAAAACCAAAGAUUCAUUUCUCUUAGGAGAUAAUUUCCCCAAAAGAGUCAAAAUCCCUGGAAAGGGUUAGCUUCCAAAAAUCAGUCUUUUAACAGAUAAUGUCUCCAGCUGAGUCAAAAUCCCUGGAAAGGGUUAGCUUCCAAAAACCAGUCUUUUAAUAGAUAAAUUCUCCAGUAGAGUUAAAAUCCAAUAAAAAACACUCAGCCUCAACCUUGGGCUUCAUACAAGGCACCAAAACAAUAAAACUCCCAUGUUAAUAGUCAGCCUCAACCUUGGGCAUUGUACAAGGCAGAUAAUAGAGUCUCCCCUAGUGAGUCCUUCAUUGUUCAGUAGCCACAACCUUGGGCUUUGUACAGGGCAGAUAAACCAUAUUUCAUGUGUCAAAGAUUCCUAACAUCUAGGAUCUUUUCCCAUAGAGUCAUCCAUACUCAGUUUAUUUAAGAGUCAGCCACAACCUUGGGCUUCAUACAAGGCAGAAAAUAAUAUUUCCCCUAGAUAGAGUCAGCCUCAAUUAUGGGCUUUGUACAGAACACCAAAUAAAACCCAUCAAAAUAGAUUCUCCCCAAGUAGAGUCAGCCUCAAUUCUGGGCUUUGUACAGAACACCAAAAAUUCCUUGUAAUUAACCCCCAAUGGAGUUUUCUCCCAGAGUCAAUAAACAAUCAAUCAAUCAAAAAGCCUCAAGCUUGGGCCUCAUACAAGCCAGCUAAAAAGUCAAAUCUUUUAUACAGUAGAUAGACAUAGCUUAUCUCUAUAGAAAGAUCUUUCCUCUAUCUCACCACAUUCAAACAAACAAACAUUACAUAUUUCAAAUUCAACUAAAGUCUCCCGUUUAGGACUCUGAAAGACAUGCUCUGGCACAUCCCCAGACUUGUACACUUUCCCUAAUUUGGACGAGCAUCUUUCUUUCAUUUAAGAGAUACUAGCAUACUUGCAAACACACAAGUAAGGUCACUCUCUUAAUGAAAUGAAUUCAAUCAUUCUGUCACUCUUUUAAAAUGUUUGUGGUGGAAUAGUAGAAAUACCUCUCUAUAAAGAUGACUUCAUGUCUCUUUACUGUAAAUAGAGAUUUAAUUCAAAGCUUCAACCUUGAGCUUCAAGCAAGGCACCCAAAAAUAAUUAAUAAUCAAUUAGUUCCCCGAACUACAUUAAGCUCUGACUUCCAUUAGGGAUAUGUAGGCAUGAGGUUCACAAGGAAUCUCAGCGAGCUAAUAAAAUACCAAAAAAUAGUCAGUCAGUCUGUCUGUCUUCCUUUUAUUCAAUUCAAUUCCUUCUCCUAACACAAAGGAGAAACUUUCCCAAUAAUCAUUAGCAGCACAAACACAUUUAGACACAGAGAAGGUUCCUGUAGAGUACUACAGAUAUGUAGGGUGUUUAAACACUUCCCUAUGUAUAACCGACCUCCCGGACUCCAGAAUUUCUAGUCUAGGUGAAAUCCCCACACUUAGCAAACUCCUAGGGUUUAGUUGAGAUCUUUUUUCCCCUUUCCUACUCGUAGGACAAAUAAGAAAGUUCGUGUGAUAUCGUAGGAAGAACUGAAAUAAAAUUCAUCCCACCACGGGCGCAUUCUCCUUCCAAAUUUCGCGUGAAGGGUCUAGCGUGCCGUCCUCCCAAGUGAAACGGGGAGGUAAAAAAAACGACACCACAGGAAAAAUGGCGAAUCUGCUGGGGAUAUAAGUGUUCAAAACCUUGGUUUUUCAUCCAAACCAAUGGUUGACCUGUUGCUGGUCCAGCCCCAAUGAGGAAUUAGGGAUGCCAAAUUCCCCCUCAAACAAGAGAGGUCCUGCCUAACCUCUGUGUCAUAUCAUGUGUUUGCUGCAUUUAUAUUUGUUUAUUUUGUUUAUUCUGUAUCGGGAAAGGGCUUGAUUCCCCCUUGUGGUGAGAAAUCCUAUACCCGGAUUUAAGUGCAACAUAAGAUAGGAUGAAGGAUGUCUUACCGGUGAAGACCCUCUAAUCUUGGUUCACAAUUCUACUCUUGGGAUUUGCCUGGCUGGUUGUGAUUAACUGCGCCAAUGCAUUCCAAGACUGAUUUGUACCAGGAGGACCUAGAAACACAUUAACCCCACUUAAAGCCUUUUUUAGGACGUAGAGCGGUGAUUACGAAAGUAAUUGUCACGCAGAUACUACACUCAGAGAAAACUCUCUUAUAGAUACCAAUCAACGUAUCUUUAAGGUUGAGCAAAAACUCUGAGACCCCUAGAACCCGUUCUACAGGUACAAAAAUCCUUUUCCUUAGUUUACCAUUGGGGCGAAGUUUGCGUUUUGACUUCAUGACCACUAUACCCUUCAACGCCAUGUUUGUUUAAAAACUCUUGUGUGUGCAUUCAUGCAUUCAUGCAUCAUUCAUUAAUAACAACUAAAAACAAAAAGAGUCUUUUUCGAGUCGUUCUUCAAGGAAACUAAAUAACGAACGUUUUGAACUUCAUAAGAGAGAAACGGAGAAAGGACUUAAGGAUCUAUACCAUGGAUUGCGGAAGAAAGAGAGCUAGGAAAUACACCUUCAAGAUUCCCCAGGUCGAGGAAUUGGGAAAGCUCGGAAAACUGGUGGUCAACCCCCAGGCUUUCAAGGAGAAGUAUGGAAAACUCCUGCCUUUGCUCAAUACCAACAUUGUGGAUGGGAUCCUUCCCACCUUGGUACAGUUUUACGAUCCGAUGUAUCACUGCUUCACCUUUCCAGAUUAUUAGCUCAUGCCUACGUUGGAGGAGUACUCUCGUCUGAUUGGAAUACCCGUGUACGCGCAAGAUCCGUACUCCGGUUUGGAAAAGAAUCCUGACGACAUUAUCAUUGCUGCAACUACUCCUUUGAACGUAGUCGACAUCAGAACUCACAUGGUGAGUAGAGCAGGAAUUCAAGGAUUGCCUUCCAAAUUCCUGUUUGAUCAAGCUCGGUACUUCGUCAGCAUCCAAGAUAUGAGCGCUUUUGAGGAAAUCUUGGCUUUGCUUAUCUACGGAUUGUUUUUGUUCCCUAACAUUAACGAUUUCGUCGACAUCAACGCAAUUAAGAUUUUCUUAAUUGGAAAUCCAGUUCCAACCUUGCUUGCGGAUGCUUAUCACUCUGUGCAUUCAAGAAACCUGCAGCGAGGAGGAUUAAUCACAUGCUGCGUACCGUUGUUAUACAAUUGGUUCAUCUCGCAUCUGCCAAAGUCUAGCACUUUCUGGAACAUGAGGGAUGGCCUUUACUGGUCACAGAAAAUCAUGUCCCUCACUCAUACGGACAUUGAGUGGUGUAGUCAUAUCGAAUCGUCAACACGGAAAAUGUUGAGAUUCAAAACAUCCUAAGAAGGAAGGAUGAGUUACUUGAAGUGCUCGAUCGACAAGUGUCACAAACGUCACUUUCUCAUCAUAUCCCUCCUGCUUCCUGGAUCAUCGAUCAGCUCACGUCAGAGAACGCUCAGCUCAAGAAACAUAAGAAGAUGUUAGAACGUAAAGUCGGCUCUUCGUCAAAGUUUUAGAGUCCUUUCUCUCAAUUUCUCUGUAUUUCCCUUUUCAAAGUGUGUAAAAACGGCGUUUUCGCUUAAUUAAUAAAAGUUUGAUGUUUCAUAACGUAAUUAUGGUGUUUCCUUGAAAAAUAUUAACUUAAUUGCAUAUCAUACAUCGCUUUAGUCGUACGCACUGACACGAGAAUUGUCGCAGAUCUAAUAGUCACUUUCCUUUCUCCAGAAAGAGAGGAGGAGAAGGAGGUGAACCAAGACUUUCAAGCUGUCUCAUCCAUACAACACUCGUUCAAGUCGCAAGAAAAGAAUGGAAGACUUUGAGCAAGAGAAUGGAGAACUCAGAGAAGAGGUUAAUACUCUCAAAGAUGCUAUUGAAAGGCUCAAUAGUAUGGUAGAAGCCCUGGUAGUUGCACACGACUGUGGUUUCCGAGAUUGUUUCUACUCCUAUUCCUCAGUAUACCAUGCCACCCAACCGACCUUGGGGCAUGCCGUAUAACUUUAUUCCAGAAGGGUACAUACCCCCAGUUUCUGAAGUUCCAAGGGCUACAAUAGAGAUGCAACCACCGGAGGGUUACAAACCUCUGGAAAUUGAAGUUCCAAGAGCAACGGCAAUAGGUUUCACACAACAGAAUGCUGAGAUUCCAAGAUCUGCUGUUAUGGCUUCUCCUUAGCCCAUUAUGCAUACUUUUCCUCCACAGGGCGGACAAGUAUAUCAUCACGCUCCCAGUGAGGACGCUGGCGUGUAUGACAGAUUGGACGAGUUCCAGGAACAGUUUCUGCAAAUGCAGAAGGAACUCAAGACUCUUCGAGGACAAGAUCUAUUUGGAAAGAAUGCUGCAGACCUCUGUCUGGUUCCAAAUGUUAAGAUUCCUCACAAAUUCAAAGUACCAGAAUUCGAGAAGUACAAAGGGAAUUCAUGCCCACAAAGUCACCUCGUAAUGUACGCUCGAAGAAUGUCAACUCAGACUGAUAAUCAACAAUUGCUCAUUCAUUAUUUUCAAGACAGCCUGACUGGUGCCGCACUCAAAUGGUACAUGAACUUGGACAGUUCAGAGAUUCGUACUUUUCGAGAACUCGGAGAGGCUUUCGUCAAACAGUAUAAGUACAAUCUGGAUAUGGCUCCCGACAGAGAUCAACUCCGGGCCAUGACUCAAAAGGAUAGAGAAAGCUUCAAGGAAUACGCUCAGAGAUGGCGUGAAGUUGAUGCUCAAAUCUGUCCAUCACUUGAAGAGAAAGAAAUGACAAAAAUCUAUCUCAAAACUUUGAGUCCAUUUUACUACGGACGAAUGGUUGCAAGUGCACCAAGUGACUUUACCGAGAUGGUAAACAUGGGUGUACUUUUAGAAGAAGCAGUUCGGGAAGGACGCUUGAACAAAGAACCAGAAUCUUCUAUUGGUCCAAGGAAGUAUGGAAGUUCUUUCCAGAAGAAAAAGGAUCAAGAUGUUAGCAAUGUCUUGCACAAAAUCAAGAAGAAAUUUCAACCUCAAGUUGCUACAGUAACUCCGGUUGUUAACUCAGCGCCAGCUUAUCAACCUCAGGUCUCGCAACAACAAAUUCAACAAAGGUCGCAGCAACCUCAGCAGCAGGUUCGACCUCCAAAUUACAACAAUCGGGCUCCAAGGUAUCCUGCCUUUGACCCAGUACCAAUGCCGUAUGCGAAAUUAUUUCCAACAUUACUGGCAAAAGGACUCAUUCAGACAAGGAGUCCUCCAAAUCCUACAAACAGUUCCUCACCAUGGUAUAAGGCUGACCAAUCUUGUCCCUAUCAUCAGGGGGCACCAGGUCACAAUAUUGAGAACUGUUUCUCUUUCAAGAUUGACGUCCAACGAUUAGUGAAGAGCGGAAUGCUAUCCUUCAAAGAUACUAAUCCAAACGUCCAAGCAAAUCCUUUGCCGCAGCAUAAAGAAGCUUCAGUGAAUUGGAUAGAUCAACACCCUAACGUCAUUCAAAUCUACGACAUUCGUCAGAUAGGGGAAAAUCUUGUCAAGAUGCACGCUAAACAAGCUGGGUACGGCCAUGUACCACCUCACAACUACUUCACAUGCGAUAUUUGUCCAAAGAAUAAUCAAGGAUGUGCCGUAGUUCAAGCUGCAUUACAAGAACAAAUGGACUUAGGAUGGAUUCAACAUAUCCGAGUCAGAAUUGAACAUGACAUCAACAUGGUUCAAGGAUGUCCAGGAGAAUACAAAAUCUACAAAGUUGAAGAUCUUGAAGGAUCGGUAGUCAGGUUCCAUAAAACUUUAAAUGGACUUGCCUACUUUGGAACAGAUUUCCAUGCUUACAGUAGAUGCAGAAUUUGUCGAAGAAAUUCACAAGGAUGUUUGCGUGUUCGCAACGUCAUUCAAAAGCUGAUGGAUGAUAAUACCAUUACUGUUCUUGCCAACAGAGAAGAUGACGAAGUCUUUACCGUAUCUCCUCAAAUUAAUCAAGUUGAACCAAUGCAAGUUAAGUACGACAGCAGGAAGACAGCAAUUGCUCCAUUAGUCAUCUACUUACCAGGUCCUGUACCGUAUGAGUCCAGCAAGGCUAUACCAUACAAGUACAAUGCUACAUUCAUUGAAAAUGGUAAGGAAAUACCAUUACCAUCUGUUGUCAACAUUGCUGAUGUCAGUCGAGUCACCAGAAGUGGACGAGUCUUCAACAGAACAACAGAAAAUGUGGAGAAACCUUCGGAGGAAGUACCACAUAGGCAAGACAAUCAUCCGACCAAUGUUGUUCAAGCGAAAGAAAAUGAUGAGAUCUUGAAGUUAAUCCAGAGGAGUGAAUACAAUAUUGUAGAUCAAUUGCUACAUACUCCGUCUAGGAUAUCUGUUCUCUCCCUACUAUUGAGUUCUGAAGCUCAUAGGGAAGCUCUACAGAAAGUUUUGGAACAAGCUUUUGUAGAACCUAGUGUCACAAUAAGCCAAUUCAACAACAUCGUUGCCAACAUCUCCGCCGGAACUAACCUAAGUUUCUGUGACGAAGAUCUUCCUGAAGAAGGAGUGGACCACAAUCUUCCACUUCACAUCUCCGUUGGCUGCAUGGGUAAUGUACUCACAGGAGUCCUAAUAGACAAUGGAUCCUCUCUCAACGUCAUGCCGAAAUCAACAUUGUCAAGAUUAUCUUUCGAAGAUUACCCUCUAAGAAAAAGUCAUGUCAUCGUCAAAGCAUUUGAUGGAUCAAGGAAGUCAGUUUUUGGAGAGGUAGAUCUUCCCAUAACUAUUGGACCUCAAACGCUCAAGAUCACUUUCCAAGUUAUGGAUAUUCCAGCACAAUACAAUUGUUUGCUAGGUCGCCCGUGGAUUCAUGAGGCUGGGGCAAUUACUUCAACACUUCAUCAGAAACUGAAGUUCAUAAGAAAUGACAAAUUGGUAACCGUAUGUGGAGAACGAGCUCUGAUCGUCAGCAACCUGUCAUCAUUCUCCGACAUAGAACCAAAAGAAGUUGUUGGAACUAAAUUCCAAGCACUUUCCUUGGACAAAGGAAAGGAGAAAGCAGCGUCUAUCUCUUCAUACAAUGAUGCAAUCCAAGUUGUAAAGGAUGGCACUACCAGUGGUUGGGGGCACAUUAAUAUGCCUACCAACAACAAGAACAGAACAGGAACUGGAUUCUUUCCAACAUCAUCAAAGACUAUUCCAGGAAUUGAGGUAGUUCUUCCAAUUCAAGAAACUUUCCGCAGCGGAGGUUUUCUUCAACCUGUUCAACAAACAGUCAAUACCAUCGGUACGGAAAACACCGAUGAAGAGGAAUGGCUAUCCUAUCUUAACAAAGCAGGAUACAUAUCCCUAUCAGAGUCUGAAUCACCUUGCUGUUAUCCGACUAAAUGAUCUGAAAGUAAGACUCAACCAAGCAGUGAUGAAGUUAUUAACAGCUUCACCACCAGAAGUCAUGGUUCAUCAGAAGAAGUUCCUCCUAUCCCCGAAGAAACUUGGGAUACAUUAGGAAAACCAAGCGGAAAAUUUGACUACAUGGUGAAAUACUCCGCUCCUGAAAGUUCAAGAAUCUCUCUUGAAGAUAUUGUUCCAACUGGAUGGAACAGUGAUUUUGAGUACCUCUCUCAGCCAAAAGAGAUGUAUAACCCUUGCUAUUCAUCAUCAUCGACUGGUGAAAUCAUCAUUGAGGAUGAUAUCCCCAAGUCACCUCCCGAGGCUACGGAUCUAGAGUUCACAUAUCUAGUCAAUGCCAUCUUGGGAGAAGAGCAAGACCAAAAUACAGAAGAGGAUGAUCUCGAAAGUGUCUCCGACAACGAGUCUCUCCAUUCAGAAGAUUGGAAGUUUCCUCAAAAGAAAAACCGACAUACUCCACUUAGAAAUGGGUAUGCUCACACCGCUCAGUCUGCUGAAGUAGAAGAAGAUCGUCUGAGUGUUGCAAAGACAGUGGUUGGUAAAUCAAGACCUACCACAGGCCAGCUUAAGCCUAAGGUUCCAGAUUACUUAGUGCUUAAUGGGGUUCGCCACUAUUGGACAGCUGUUGAAGUUACAACCGUUGUUCGCACUCCUAAGUAGAAACUUUCACCGUUAUUUUAUCCUCUCACCAUAGCCCAGGGUGAAGAGAUGUUUCAUAGGGCUUUGCAUUUUACUAUUUCUUAGGAAAAUGUCCCUCUUUGCUUCGCCCAAAGCAAUAGAGUUUUGUUUUAUAGGGUCUUUGUUUCAAGAAAUGACUGUUAAUAAAUAAAAAUGUCAUUCUGUUCCGUCGUUAGUUUUUCCUUUUCUUUUUUUCGGAAAUUGGUAAUCCUAAAAAACACCCUUAAAAAACAUCAAAAAUUUCAUUAACUGUAUACACCGAGUCUUCCCUCGUUGUCUAAAUAAAACUUAUCACACAUAUGCAGAUUAAUCAUAAAAUACCCCGUUGAAGCGUGCGAUCGUAUGACUUCUCCAAGCUUUGAGUUUCCUGUAUUCGAGGCAGAGGAAGAAGAAGACGAAGAAAUAUCAAAGGAAAUUUCACGAUUACUUCAACAAAAGGAAGAGGCCAUUCAGCCAUACAAUGAGCCUCUAGAGAUCAUUAACCUUGGUUCCGAUGGAAACAGAAGAGAGGUUAAGAUUGGAGCUUCGCUUAGUUCAGAGAUCAGAGAGAGUUUGAUACAACUACUCAAAGAAUUCUCAGAUGUCUUCGCUUGGUCUUAUCAAGAUAUGCCAGGGUUGGAUACCAGUAUAGUGGAGCAUCACUUGCCAUUAAAAGCAUAAUGCCCUCCGGUCAAGCAAAAAUUGAGAAGAACUCAUCCGGAGAUGGCCAUGAAAAUCAAAGAGGAAGUUCAAAAGCAGAUCAACGCAGGUUUCCUCGUCACUUCAGAAUACCCUCAGUGGUUAGCUAACAUUGUUCCCGUUCCUAAGAAAGACGGAAAAGUCCGCAUGUGCGUCGACUACAGAGAUUUGAACAAAGCUAGCCCUAAGGAUGAUUUUCCUUUACCACAUAUUGAUAUGUUGGUAGACAGUACAGCAAAAUCCAAAGUUUUCUCAUUAAGGACGGAUUUUCAGGAUACAACCAUAUCAAAAUGGCACCUGAAGACAUGGAGAAGACAGCUUUCAUCACCCCCUGGGGCAUGUUCUGCUAUCGUGUUAUGCCUUUUGGACUAAAGAACGCAGGGGCAACUUAUCAAAGGGCCAUGACUACGCUCUUCCACGACAUGAUGCAUAAAGAAGUGGAAGUCUAUGUGGACGACAUGAUUGCCAAAUCAAAAAAUGAAGAAGAUCACAUACAGAAUCUGACAAAGUUAUUUCAACGCUUACGGAAGUUUCAGCUUCGCCUGAACCCCAACAAGUGCACCUUUGGUGUCUACUCAGGAAAACUCCUUGGUUUCAUUGUCAGCAAACGAGGAAUUGAAGUAGAUCCAGACAAAGUCAAGGCAAUUCAAGAAAUGCCUUCACCCAGAACCGAGAAACAAGUUAGAGGAUUUCUUGGACGUCUGAAUUACAUCUCGAGAUUCAUAUAUCUCAUGACUGCAACUUGCGCUCCUAUUUUCAAACUUCUACGGAAAAAUCAAAGUUCCGUCUGGACAGACGAUUGUCAGAAAGCGUUCGACAGCAUUAAAGAAUAUCUGCUCGAACCACCCAUUUUGUCUCCUCCAGUGGAAGGAAGACCUUUGAUAAUGUACUUAACCGUCUUAGAAGACUCCAUGGGUUGUGUCCUUGGACAGCAAGACGAGACGAGAAGAAAAGAGCAUGCCAUUUACUACCUAAGCAAGAAAUUCACUGACUGUGAAUCCCGCUACUCCAUGCUCGAGAAGACGUGUUGUGCUUUGGCCUGGGCUGCCAAGCGUCUCCGCCAGUACAUGAUUCGACAUACUACUUGUUUGAUCUCUCAUAUGGAUCCAAUCAAGUACAUCUUUGAGAAGCCUGCUUUAACUGGGAGAAUUUCCCGUUGGCAGAUGUUGUUAUCAGAAUAUGACAUUGAGUAUCACGCACAGAAAGCCGUGAAAGGAAGCAUUUUAGCUGAGCACCUGGCUCACCAUCCACUCAAUGGUCAUGAAUCAACCAGUUUUGAUUUUCCGGACGAGGACGUCAUGUACCUCAAGAUGAAAGAUUGCGACGAGCCACUACCAGACGAAGGACCUGAGAUAGGAUCCCAGUGGGGCUUAAUCUUUGACGGAGUUGUCAAUGCUUACGGACGAGGAAUUGGGGCAAUCAUUGUUACACCUCAGGGUACCCAUAUUCCAUUUACUGCCAGAUUAACUUUCAAGUGCACAAACAAUGAGGCCGAAUAUGAUGCUUGCAUCAUGGGUCUCGAAGAAGUCGUGGAUCUAAGAAUCAAACACUUGGAUGUAUACGGAGAUUCUGCUUUGGUCAUCAAUCAAAUCAAAGGAGAAUGGGAAACACGCCAACCAGGGCUAAUUCCUUACAAAUACUACGCGAGAAGAUUGUUACCAUUCUUCGACAGGGUAGAUUUUCAUCACAUUCCUCGCGAAGAAAACAACUUGGCUGAUGCAUUAGCCACACUCUCUUCCAUGAUUAGGAUAAAUCAUUGGAAUGACAUUCCUCGGAUCGAUGUUAUGCGCCUGGAUAGGCCCGCUCAUGUUUUCAUAAUAGAAGCAAUCAUUGACGACAAACCGUGGUAUCACGACAUCAAAAACUUUCUUCCAAAGCAAGAGUACCCUCUUGGGGCGUCAAAAGAAAGAUAGAAAGACUUUGAGAAUGUUAGCUUGUAGAUUCUUCCUGAAUGAAGAUGUUCUGUACAAGAGAAACUUCGACAUGGUUCUGCUCAGAUGCGUUGACAGAAAAGAAGCAGAAGUACUCAUGAGAAAAAUACAUGAAGGUUCAUUUGGUACUCACACCAAUGGACACACCAUGACAAGGAAAAUAUUGAGAGCAGGAUAUUAUUGGUUGACGAUGGAGUCAGAUUGCUACCAGUAUGCAAAGAGGUGUUACAAAUGUCAGAUCUACGCCGAUAGAAUUCAUGUGCCACCAUCUCUUCUCAACAUACUCUCUUCCCCUUGGCCUUUCUCCAUGUGGGGAAUCGACAUGACUGGAAUGAUCGAGCCAAAAGCGUCCAACGGACAUUGCUUCAUCUUGGUAGCUAUAGACUAUUUCACCAAAUGGGUUGAAGCAGCUUCAUAUGCAAACGUUACAAGACAAGUUGUCGUCAGGUUUAUCAAGAAUCACAUCAUCUGUCGCUACGGCAUUCCUAGCAAGAUAAUCACUGACAAUGGGUCAAAUUUGAAUAACAAAAUGAUGAAGGAGCUUUGUGAAGAAUUCAAGAUUGAGCAUCACAACUCAUCUCCUUACAGACCAAAGAUGAAUGGAGCUGUAGAAGCAGCUAACAAAAACACCAAGAAAAUCGUUCAGAAGAUGGUCAUUACUUACAAAGAUUGGCAUGAAAUGCUCCCGUAUGCUCUUCAUGGUUACCGUACAUCAGUACGUACGUCGACUGGAGCAACUCCUUUCUCCCUUGUAUAUGGCAUGGAGGCAGUCCUACCUAUAGAGGUUGAGAUUCCAUCAAUGAGAGUCUUGAUGGAGGCAAAAUUAACAAAAGCCGAGUGGUGUCAAAGCAGAUUCGAUGAAUUGAACUUAAUCGAAGAAAAGCGCAUGACAGCUUUAUGCCACGGUCAGCUAUAUCAACAAAGAAUGAAGAAAGCUUUCGACAAAAGGGUGCGACCUCGCACAAUCAAAGAAGGCAACCUUGUACUCAAAAAGAUUCAAUCUUUUCUCACAGAUUCAAGAGGGAAAUGGACUCCCAAUUAUGACGGCCCCUACGUGGUCAAGAGAGCUUUCUUAGGAGGAGCCUUAAUACUCACGACUAUGGAUGGAGAAGAAUUCACCCGUCUUGUGAACGUCGACGCAGUCAAGAAAUACUUCGCCUAAAUAAUUAAAAGAACAGCUCGCUAAGUUGAAAACUCGCAAAGAGCAGCUUAGGCAAAAAAGAGCGUCUCGGUGAAUCGAAAACCCGAAAGGGCGAUUCAGGCAAAAGUUAGAGACAUAAAAAAAAAUAAUAAUCAAUCCCGGUAAACUUAAAACCCGAAAGGGGUAGUUUACGCAAAAGUUAGGGAUAUAUGGCAAGUAACUGUGUUCAGGACAAACUUGAUCAUUCAAAAAUCCAUAGCGGAGUAUUCAUCAGCAGUAGGUCAUCUUCUACGAAGCACGAAUACGGCGCAACUCGGAGUGGAAGGGAAAGAUAACGGUCGUCACGUUUCAUCGUAGCCCCUUUUCCAGAAAAAUUACCAAUUUCCAACUUUGUAAAUACUCCAUGGAAUCAAGCAUUUGGCUGAUUACCAUUCCAUAAAUAAUAAUUUGAGCCUUGUGCCUUUCUUUGCAAAUCGAGUCUUUUUCAGUUUCUUGAGAUGCAUUUUAAGUUUAAACAGUCAUUUUCUUGAAACAAAUGUUUUCAUAAAAUAAAAAUGAAUUUACUUGCAAAAAUAGAGGUGAAAUUUUCUUUCUAAGGUUUACAAACAAUAGGAAGAAUGCAAACAGCUACUCCAAGAACGGUUGAGACUCCGGGAACCAAGAUUUCCCCAUGAGGUCGCUUUGCGAACAUCUCCCGAUGACGGAUCUUCACUUCUAUUCAUAUCACUCACUUCGGACAGCGGACAACUAAUAACCAGGUAUUCCCAACAGAGUUCGAACUACAAGAAGAGGACAUCUUCUGAUCAACAAGAUUCAAGUCAUAUCAUAGGAUUUUACAUCCGCGACAAUUCUAUUCACUUUCACUUUACCUUUUAUAUUUGUCAUAAUAUUCAUGCAUACAUUAUAACUGCAUAGUCGAGCCAGGUUUUGAUAGUGUUAAUACCCAAACUACUUGGACAUAUACUCGAGAUUCCCCUGCAAAGUUGUGAAAGGGUUUUCUUCUUCAUGAAGAAGGUUCAUACACCCAAAUUUCCCAAGCAAGUCAACAAAUGGUAGUCUCCCUCAAAGAGAUAGUUUGUUCACUUUUGGAAUUCCCCAACUGAGACUCUCCUGCAGAGCGACACUCGACAAUCUUCUUCAAAUAAGAUAGUUUGUUUCGCAUUUUGGAAUUCCCCACAGGGUCGAUGAGCGUUUCUCUUUUCCAAGAAGUGUGGAUUCCCCGACAUAAUUGAUAAGUGGUAGUUUUUCCUCCUGGAAAACAGUUUGGUAUUUCCCCAGCAGGGUCAAGAGAUGCCACUCUUCGUCAAAGGAAACAGUUUGGUAUUUCCCCAGCAGGGUCAAGAGAUGCCACUCUUCAUCAAAGAAAAUAAUUGGCAAUCUCCCCAGCAGAUCGACAAAUGAUCCCCACCGAAGUCAGUGAAUGGCAGUCUCUUUCGGCAAAAGACAGUUCACUCACUUUUUCGGACAAAAAUAACGAAUAGCAGCCUUCUUCAUGAAGAUAGUUCGUUUUGCUUAAAGAUUCCUCAACAAAGUCAGCAAAUGGCAGUCUCUUUCAUCAGAAGACAGUUUGCUCACUUUCUUUCACGACAGGAUCAACAAAUGGCAGUCUCUCCCAGUAGAAGACGGUUUGUUCCCCUAGCAAUUGGCAAAUGGCAGUCUUUCCCCAAGGAAAGACAGUUUGUCUGUUAAACAUUCAAGAGAUCGACAAAUGGCAGUUUCUUUAAACAGUUUGUCUGUUUCUGGGAUGUUUCAUCCCCUUCAGAGUUGACAAAUGGCAGUUUUCCUCCUAGGAAAACAGUUUGUUAAUUCCCCUCAGAGUCGACAAAUGGCAGUUUUCCUCUUAAGGAAACAGUUUGUUGAUUCCCCGGCAUAAGUCGACAAAUGGCAGUUUUUUCCUCUUAAGGAAAACAGUUUGUUGAUUCCCUGGCAUAAGUCGGUGAAUGUUGGUUUUCACCCCGAAAACAGUUCGUCCGCUUUCAAACAAAGUCAUUAGCCCCUCAAAAGAUCAUGAGGCCAUAUGACAUUCUUUCAAAGACGUCAAGUCAAAAGGGAAGAUGGUGAAGUUUCUCUACUACCAUCAAAUGGCGUCUCAUCUCCAAGUGCUGAUGAGAAGUUUGGUGAGGAAACAAACCUUUGAAGUUUCUCUACUACCAUCAAAUGGCGUCUCAUCUCCAAGUGCUGAUGAGAAGUUUGGUGAGGAAACAAACCUUUGAAGUUUCUCUACUACCAUCAAAUGGCGUCUCAUCUCCAAGUGCUGAUGAGAAGUUUGAUGAGGAAACAAACCUUUGGAAAUUUUCUCUUUAUCUGAGAUAUUGUCCAAACACGGCUGAGACCAGUUUCGAGAUAUGGACAUCCGAAACAAGGGGAGGUUGUUUACCUUUUUCUAAGUGUCAACACUUAGUUAAAGAAGAUGGAUUGAGCAUUUUACACUGCUAUCCAUUCGCCAGAAUCCGCAUCAAGUAUUUCAUGCAAGGAUCUUAUCAAUUACAACAUCUCAGGAGCGCCCAAAAUUCGGGCAUUCUUUGAUAUUUAAGUCUCUUUCACGCAGGAGAGAUCGAGAUAUCAAUCUCUCUCCCUCCAGAUAAAAGAAACUUAAAUAGGGGCAUCUGUCAUACCCUAAUUUUUGACCCCCCUGAGAUGACAUAUCUUCAGGAUUUUCAUCAGGUCAAAGCAAGUACCCAGAACAGUCACUUCUUCAUCUGGCAUUUAAUCGAGGAUGUUCAAAGACAAGAAAACUCAGGCAAAGGAUCAAUCAGUAGAAAGAUUAGUCUCUAACAUAAUCAUAGGACUCAAGAGCUUCAUUUUCUCACCUAUGAUUGAUUAGACACCCAGUCCUCUGAGUACAGAUUUACUCAGGUCACCAGGCUAGGGUUUUUAAGCCUAUCAAGGACUAAAAUCAGGGAUCACCUUUGGGAAACCCUAAAAAGCCCCAGGGGAUCAUUCCAAGACAUCAAUCAUCUUCAAAUAACUCAUAUAACAAGAUCCACUGGACAUCACACCUCAAUUCAAAGUCUAUAGUCAUUAUUUUCAUAUGGUCGACAAUUAGGGUUUUUGACCUAAUUCACCAGGAUAGUUGACUUUUAAUCAGGGCAUGGAUCCAAAACUCAAGACAUGAUUCAAGAACCUCUACUACCUCAAUAUAACCUAUUUAUAUCACUCAUUUGAGGAGAAGAUCUUGAUUCUACACAAAAGUCCAAAUCUCACUUUAUCUGGAAAAAGUCAACUGUAUGGGAUCACCUUUGACUUUUAAGAUUUUUGGUCAAACCAUGACUUUCAAGGAUCAAUAUCAUCAAUAUAUGGAUAAUUAAGUCAUUUUACCAAAGAAAUUCAAGAAGAAUCUUCAAGGAGCAAAAAGUCGGGAAUUAGGGUUUUUGAGGGCAUUGUGGGAACUCAAAAUUUCACCUACACAACUCAAAAAACUUCCAACAUGAAAGUUGUAGAUCUUGCAAAAUAAAAUAACAUCUUACAAUGGAACUUUUUUCAAAAAUCAAUCAUUUAAGAGUUUUGGAAAUUUUGAAGUUUUAGGUCAUAAACACUUAGAAAAUUUUCUAAGUGUUUUAACCUAGUUUUCUUCCAACUUUGGCCUCAUUUUUCACAAAUUUGCCAAAGGAUUCUGAAGAAACUCCAAACUAAUGAUUUGAAGUAGAUGUUUAGGGCUUUCCAAAUUGUGUUCAACCUUCUCCAAAUUCAUUUUGAGCUAGGAGUUAUGCUUGUUCAAAGUUGGCCUCAUGAAGUGAAAUUAUAGGUCAUGCAUCAUUUUUGAACUUUGCAAUUUUGUGCACAUGACCUCAAUUAUGGAUGCUACACGACCCAUAACACAUCUGAAAACAUGCCUUGCAUUCAUUUUCACCAUGCCAUGGUCAUUGAGGAAGAUUCCUAAAACAAGAACAUGUGAUUAUGUAAUGAUUACAUUUGAGAAUUUAUGGAAAAUUGAUGAAUCACCCAAGGAAUCUUCUCACCAUCCAAUUAGAGCUCACUUUGUAUCUGAAAUGUUCCCUAAGAUCAUAUAGAAUCAAAGGAUAGGGAGCUGGCUCGAAAAUGCAAUGAUCACACUUGGAUAUUCUUUGAAAUUUCUUCAUGGCUAAGAAUCCAAAUUCACUUCACUAAGCAAGCUCACUCUCUCAAUCAGUACUGAAUCAUUUGCCUAUAAAUAGGAGAGUAUACCUCAGUAGUAAAACACACCAAAGCAACCAAAUUCCUUGCUUUCUCUUUCUCUUCUCAUGCUUAUUGUUUUUCAAAGUUCUUUGGCAAGAAGAAUCGUUUUCUUCAAACCAGAGCUUAUCUUUGGAAAGUAAGCAUUCUAACAUCUCAAGGGGGAUCAUUUGAGGUGAUCCAAGCACCUGGAUCACUUCUGUAAGUGAGGGAAUGCCAUUGUUGCUCUCACUUUGGAGCUGUUGCAGUUGGAGGUCCACAGAGCAAUUCAGAAGGCUCCAAGCAAGGUUAAGCAUCCAGGCACGUUCCAUAGGAGGUAGUGGAGCUAUCCAGAUGGUCGGAGCUCAUCUGUAACUGCAGAUUCAUCAUCCCCCAUGUUCACUUGAAGCUCAAAUCGAGUGAGGUCCAUAGAGCAAUUCAGGAGAAUUGAAGUUACAAUAGGCAUUCAGUUAGCAUCGCUGAGUCCCAAGGAAGCUUUUGGGAUCAUUCAUACAAGCCCAGGUGCUCUCUAACAUCCUCACGACCUCCAUUUUCAGAGGUAAGUUUCUGAACUCCACCUCUUUAAUUUAAGCACUUUUUGUGAUAAAGCUCGAUUCAAUCUUGUUCAGCAUCAUCAGAGGAUUGAAAACCCUCUAUCAUCAUUCAUUUAUCUUUAAGUAUAGCCAUUUAAUUUGAUUUUUAAAUUUUAGGGUUCUUCACGUUUUCUAGUAAAUUAGUUAGAUAUAGUUAAUAUAAAUUUAUGUUAGUUACAUAUCUAGAAUCGUGAGUGAAUUUAGAGCAAGUUUGGUCUUUAUAUCGUUGCAAAUGGUUGAGAAUUGAGAGAGUUCAGAAAUUCAAAUUGUUGGAGCUUGAGGAAGAAGAUGACAAUGGUGGUGGCGCGCAAAUUUCAAACCUGAGGGCCAAGUUUAUUUUAUCUUGAAUGGUUUGUGUUUUACAAACGAAUUCAUCGUUUGCCCUAGUGGCCUCACAUGCGCUCUUAGUCUCCUCAUGCCCAAGGUCUGGGGUUCGAAUCCCCCUCGCCCCAUACUUUUUGUUUCUUUUAUUUUUCCAUGAUUUACCACUUGUUUGAAAAUAUAAUGAACUGGGUGUGUGUUAUAAUCACCAAGCGCGCGUUGGCUCAGUGGUGUUGUUUUGGGACUGGUAACAUAAAGGGCGUGGGUUCAACCCAUGGUGAGACCAAAACAUUAUAUCAUUACAAAACUGUUUUCAAUCUCCGAUCAAACAGAUGAUUCAGGUUUUCAAACAACAAAACCUUAUAUCAUUACAAAUCUUUUUUUACUGUUUCUCAUAAACAGUAAAUCAUUUUCAAGUGGGCCUCUAAUAGAGUAUAAGUCCCAACACCUUCUUCUCUUCUUAGCUUGUUUUCAAAACUGUAUUUUCAAAAUCUUCUUUCUGUUUUCAAAACAUUCUUCUGGUAUUUGAAGGGCAUUAUUCCCGGUGAAACUCUUCAGAUACCUAUGUGACCUUUGUCCAUCUUCACUUCUUCUGUUUUCAAAAAAACCAUUAACUGUUUAUCAUAUAUAUUCAACUGUUAUCCACCAAUUACUGUUGAGGCUCUGUACAUACUUCUUCAAUGGCCUCCACUCCAUCCAGGUUAGGCUUUACAAGCUUUCAAUUUACAGUCUUUAUUUAAAUUACUGUCAAAUAUAGAACUGUUCAUAUAUUUGUUUAGAACUACGUUUGAGUGUAAAACCUAGGACAGUUAAACUAUAUAUAUAUUAUAGGAAUAUGACCUAGGAUUGAGAAUGUCUUCCCGGUGAAGGCUCUUUCCUAAUUAGAGAUCUGUAGUUCAAACCCCCAAGAUGAAUUAUUCCCGGUGAAACAUCUUGGCAAAAACCUUAGAACCCAAAAUAGGACACAUCCACCCAAAGAGGAAUUAUUCCCGGUGAAACCUCUUACCCAUUUUCUUAAAGCCAAAAUAAGUUCAAAACUACAUAGCUUUCUCUUGUGCUAUAACAAGGACCCUCGAUGACCCUCGAUUAGCCUCCUCUUGGGCUUUGUACAAGGACCCACAGGCUUCUUAAAAGCAUUUCCAGCUUCCUCUUGAGCUUGUAUACAAGGACCCAUCAGGUUUCUUAUAAACAUAGGAACAGGUCUUUAGUCACCUUUUAACAUACCCUGGUGAGUUUCUUCCAAUUUAAACCAGACUUUAAACAAGCUAACUUUGUCUCAAUUUUACAUUGAGUACACCUUUUGGAAUGAGAGACAUGGACAGUCUCUGUCACCCUUAUCUUCAUUAAUCUUCCUUAGCAGAGUCUAGGAUCCAUGUUUUGUUUAUCCUCAGUCAGUGUCAGCCUUCAUCUUGGGCUUUAAACAAGAAGUCUCAUUAGAUAAUCUUUCUGCCAUCAUUUUAAUAAAACCCCUGGAAAGGGUUAGCCUCCACACACUCUAUCAUCUUAACAAAAACCCCUGGAAAGGGUUAGCCUCCAAAAUCAUUCUUUCAUCUUAACAAAAACCCCUGGAAAGGGUUAGCCUCCACACACUCUAUCAUCUUAACAAAAACCCCUAGAAAGGGUUAGCC